GAAACGUGUCAGUUUCAAUAGUAGUGUCAAAGUUCACUAUAUACAGACAUUCGCGCAGAUCCCCGUUUCGGAAACAUUGCUCCGCUGGUCUUCCCGUUCAAACGCAUUCAUUUUUUGGGUCUCUGCUCUUUGCAUAUUCUAUUAGUUUUUUUGUCCGUGUUUUUGUCUUUUUCUCUUUCGCUCCGUUUCAGCUGGAGAGGUGAAAUACCGGGACACGGCGUAUUAUUAUUAUUAUUUUUAAAUUUUUUAAAAAUAUUUUUCGCUGCUGAUGAGUUUAUUAAGAUAUGAAGAAAUGAAAUACAGCUCUUCAGUUUUCGCUCCCUUCGAUCAGUGGAGACUGGAGUGAGAAGGAGAGAGAAAAGAGGGGGAUUUAUUUCGCCAUACUUUUGGAUCGCUUGUUAUUUUCUAUUACAUCCAUAUCCUGGUCCGAUCCCAGGGAAUCGCCUCUGCGCUCCAACCGCUUAAUCUGAACUAAACGCUAAUUUGUUGCCUAUCGACAUUUCUCUUUUUUUCCAAGACUGGGUUUCUGAAUGGCUGACUGCGAUUUACCUUGGAACUGGCCUCCCGACACAUGCGUAUCCUGAUCGGGUGCCUUUUCACUUGUAUUUUGAAUGUAUCGAUCGCCCUCUCUCCUGCUCAGCCAUAUGUGUAAGAUUUGACUUUGCACAACCUUGCGCCCGAUACCCUUUUUCCCCACUUGAAAUACCGCAGCGAUCAGCUCGCUUUUAAGCACUUUUUCGGAAUCGAGAUAUGGCAAUGGUAGUUAGCGUCUGGCGAGAUCCGCAGGAGGACGUGGCCGGAGGAACUCCGGGCGGCCAUAACACGCAGCCGGCAAGGGAGCAGCAGCAAGCGGCGUCGGCGGCGCCGCAUACCCCGCAAACACCCGGUCAGCCGGGACACCCGUCAACGCCCGGGACAGCCGGAGACAAGGGACACGGCCAGAGUUCAGGACAAAAUCAGCAUAUUGAAUGUGUGGUUUGCGGGGACAAAUCCAGCGGCAAGCACUAUGGUCAGUUUACCUGCGAGGGAUGCAAAAGUUUCUUCAAGAGGAGUGUCCGGAGGAACUUAACGUAUACAUGUCGUGCCAACAGGAACUGUCCAAUCGACCAGCACCACCGAAAUCAGUGCCAGUACUGCCGGCUGAAGAAAUGUUUAAAAGUGGGCAUGAGGCGGGAAGCGGUUCAGCGAGGACGAAUGCCUCCGACCCAGCCCAACCCAGGCCAGUACGCCCUGACGAACGGGGAUCCUCUGAACGGGCAUUGCUAUUUAUCUGGAUACAUCUCGUUAUUACUGCGGGCCGAGCCUUACCCGACGUCCCGAUACGGCAGCCAGUGCAUGCAGCCCAACA